AUGGAAACCAGGAAGGAGAUGGUGAUGUUUCUGGAAGGGACACAACUUGGCGCUCUAGUUGGCAAGAGGGUGCCUAAUUUGUCCGAAACAGUGGGGAGCCCCGCUCAAGAGCCGCAGGAGAAGAUGAUCCAUCGGAACUGCCUCAGCCCCAGACCUGGCCCCUUGUCGUCCCGGGAGAGAGGAGGAGGAGGAGGAGGUGGCGGAGGAGAAGACGAAGAGGAGGUGGAGGUGCUGCCGGGGACAGGGACGGUGCCGGAAAGCCGCUCGGCGGCGGCAGCACUGCUUUCGGCCGGACAGCAGCCCCCCGCCCCGGAGCCCCCCUCCAGCAAAGGGCAACAGAGCAGCUCGGACACCGAGUCGGAUUUCUAUGAGGAAAUCGAGGUGAGCUGCACCCCGGACUGCGCCACGGGGAGCGCCGAGUACCAGCACAGCAAAGGGCCGUGCUCCGAGGCGCUGGCCGGCAGCCCCAGCGGCGGUGGGGAUCACCCCAAGGGCAGCGGAGGCAGCGGCGGCUCCCAGGGCUCGCUGGCCUGCAGCGCCAGCGACCAGAUGCGCCGCUACCGCACCGCCUUCACCCGCGAGCAGAUCGCCCGGCUGGAGAAGGAGUUUUACCGAGAGAACUACGUGUCCAGGCCCCGGAGAUGCGAGCUGGCGGCUGCUCUAAAUCUGCCAGAAACCACCAUCAAGGUGUGGUUCCAGAACCGCAGGAUGAAGGACAAGCGGCAGCGCCUGGCCAUGACCUGGCCGCACCCGGCGGACCCGGCGUUUUACACCUACAUGAUGAGCCACGCGGCCGCCACGGGCAACCUGCCCUACCCCUUCCCGUCCCAUCUGCCCCUGCCCUAUUACUCCCACAUGGGCAUCGGGGCCACCUCGGCCUCCGCCGCCACUCCGUUCAGCACCCCCCUGAGGCCGCUGGACACCUUUCGGGUGCUCUCGCACCCCUACCCGAGACCAGAACUGCUCUGCGCCUUCAGGCACCCCUCUCUCUACCCUGCCCCGAGCCAUGGACUCAGCAGCGCCGGAGGCAACCCCUGCUCCUGCCUGGCUUGCCACGGCAGCCAGUCCAACGGGCUGGCACAGAGACCCUCCGGCUCAGACUUUACCUGUUCAGCCACGACCAGGACUGACUCUUUCCUCACUUUCACGCCCUCUGUGCUGAGCAAAGCAACCUCGGUUUCCAUGGACCAGCGGGAAGAAGUACCUUUAACAAGAUAA